AUGGAGUUUGUGAUUCCGAAACGAGUCCAAUCGGGGGAUGGGGAAGAGAGUUUAAAAGAGGAACAAGUAUCUAAGCAGCUACAUCUGAAGUCGUCUGAAACGCAAACGCAGACGCUGAAUAAAAAAGCGGUCCUCAACCGCAUCCGCAACCACAAAUGUAUUCACAAAAUCAAGAGUCUUCUUCACACCACCGCCGCUAAUAACGGGUCCACCGUCGACGCUGAUUACCGGUGGAUUGAUAGCGGCGAUCUCUUCUCUUGUCCGUGA